AUGGCAAAUACUAUUGAAGACGAUGGAACUUACUCGUACGAAGUUCUACUCGAGAAAGAUUUAGAGGAAGUAGCUCGACUGCUUGCGCGUACGUUCACAGAAGGAAAUCCACUCGAGAUUUACUUGAAAACAGCAUACGAACAGUUCUAUCCUUAUGCACUAGCAGUUUCAAAGGCUAUUCUACAAGAUCAACUUUCCAUCAUCGCAGUGCACAAACAAACAAGAGAAAUCCAUGGUAUUGUACAAGCAGCCGAUGCCAAGACGAUGGCAAAGCAGAAUUUCGAAGAUGUUGAUCCUUCCAUAGAUACAUUGAGAGCCUUGCAAGAAAUAGAAGAACAUUUUAUGAAUCAAUACGGUGAAUUCAACGAGAAUGAUUUAGUACAAAUAUUAAUGGUAGGAAUUCGACAAGAUUGUAGUGGAAAAGGACUUGCGACGAAACUUCAUGAGAUUCUGUUCGCUCGUUGUCGUCAACAUGCUUUUCGACAUGUUUUUGUUGAAGUUGCAAAUCCAGCGACACAUUAUAUUUAUACAAAGAAACUAAACGGAAAAGAAUUUGCAUCGACUUCUUUAGCAACAUUCGUCUCGAAUGACGGUCGAAGACCAUUUGAACAUUUUGAUGGCAAAAUACAGUUAAUCGUUUUUGAUCUCUAG